AUGUCUGCUCCACAGAUUCAACAACAACCGAACGUGUCACAAACCAACUUGUUUGCUCGAUUAGCAUUAUCAGGUGCUAUUUCAUGUUCUGUCACACAUACAGCUGUCGUUCCUGUAGAUGUUGUCAAAACUUUGGCACAGUUAGAACCAGAUGUUUACAACAAGGGUACGAUUGGAAAUUUCAAAUUGGUGAUUGAAAAAAAGGGACCUACUGCCUUACUCACUGGAAUUGGUCCAACUUUUACUGGAUAUUUCCUUCAGGGAGCUUUUAAAUUUGGUGGAUAUGAAUUCUUUGAAAAACAAUUUAGAAAUGUUUUGGGAAAUGAAACUGCAAGAGAAUACAGAAAUGCAAUCCAUUUGGCAUCUUCAGCAAGUGCUGAAUUCUUUGCUGAUAUUGUGCUGUGUCCAUUAGAGGCCACAAGAAUUAGGCUUGUCAGUCAACCUGAUUUUGCCACUGGACUAGUCAGUGGGUUUACACGAUUACUGAAAGAAGAAGGUUUCAAAGGAUUGUAUUCUGGUUUCUUUCCAAUUAUUUUGAAACAAAUUCCGUAUACAAUGACUAAAUUUGCCGUCUAUGAAUUGGCUUUGGAAAAUAUCUUGUUGGCAUUGGGAAAGAAAAGCAGUGAUUUUUCAAAAUCCGGACAAACUGUCUUGUUUUUGAGUAGUGGAUUGAUUGCUGGAGCCUGUUCUGCAAUAAUUUCACAACCAGCAGACACAUUAUUGAGUAAGAUCAAUAAGCAAAAGGGAGGUGAGGGAUCUAUCACUUCUAGAUUGAUUAUGCUGACAAAGGAAUUAGGUCCUCGUGGUCUAUUUUAUGGAAUUGGUCCUCGUAUUGUCAUGGUUGGUUUAUUGACAGCUGGUCAAUUUGGAAUUUAUGGAACAAUUAAGAAUGCUCUUGUUGGACCAUUAUUAGAUCAUCAUUAA